AAGACAACAAUGGCGGUGACUCAUGAGGAUCUUCUGCCAAGUCGCCGGAGGAGCCCUCAAUUGGGCACCAAAAUGGGCACUUAUCUUGUGCUUUUCACCCUUCUUUUUGGCCUUGCUUGUUUCAUUCUCUGCCUUGUCGCUGAGUCCACUCGCUCUCGGGUGAUAUGGUUGGAUAAUGGAGGCAACGAUAAGAAGGAUGGAAAAAGGAGAUGCUCAUACAGCGGGAGCGGGAAGACGCCGCUGCUGUGUGGGGCAAGCGCGUUUCUCGGGAUGGCGGUGACGAUGUUGGUGCAACACUUGUAUGUGUUGAUUGCAGUGAGUAAGUCGCCGCCUCCUGCUCUCGUUGCUUGGGACCAUACUUUCUCCCCUUCCAAUUCUCUUACCUAUCAAGCUGCCUUCUUCUUCAUUUCAACAUGGAUAAGUUUUGCGGUGGGAGAGAUUUUGUUGUUGGUAGGAUUGAGCGUUGAGUCUGGUCAUCUCAACAACUGGUCCACUCCAAAAGAGAGCUGCCUCGUGAUCAAGGAAGGUCUUUUUUCGGCCGCCGGAAUCUUCGAGCUGGCGGCGGUGCUCCUCGCCGCCGGGCUGUACAUGACGGCGGUGCGAGCGCAGAGAAUGUUUGAAGAGCAAGAAAGCGUGAGGAGAGAGGUGGCGGAGAGUUACGAUUUUGUCCAAGCCUCGCCGCCGCUGCACCCGAUGCCGCCUAUUGCCAGAGAGGACCCUAGAUCAACGAAAUGGAUGCUGACUGAUAAGUACCGAUAA